ACGUGGAGGCCCAAAAGGACCACCUGGAGUAGCAGAGGCCCACCUGGAGGGCCCACCAGGAGCUCCUGGAGGAGCAAAGGCCCUCUUGGAGGCCCACCAGGAGGUCCUGGAGGAGCGCCGCGAUGUCCCGUGCGAGCGUCCGCGUUCCCGACGACGGCGACUUCGGAGCGUUCCGAGCAGAGUGUGAAGAGGACCACGGAUGGACGUUGACCUUCAGCAAAGGAGGGCUGAAGGUGUGGGUGCAGCUCCUGGAGGACCACCCCACCCUCCCCAAGGUCAAGUGCCGGAUGGAGUGCGGGGACGUUUCGGCCGAUGUCCUCUACGAUGUCCUCCACGACACCGAUUAUCGGCGCCAAUGGGACCCCAACGUCAUCGAGACCUUCGACAUCGCCCGAGUGACGGCCAACGCCGACCUCGGGUACUACUCCUGGAGGUGUCCGAAGCCCCUCAAGAACCGCGAUGUCCUCACCCUUCGCUCCUGGUUGCCCACAGACAACGAUUACAUCAUCAUGAACUACUCGGUCAAACACCCGAAGUUCCCACCUCGGAAGGACAUGGUCCGAGCGGUGUCCAUCCAGACGGGGUAUUUGGUCCAAAGGACGGGAGAGAAGAGCUCCACCAUCACCUACGUGGCCCACGUGGACCCCAAAGGGUCUCUCCCCAAGUGGGUGGUGAACAAAUCCUCUCAGUUCCUGGCGCCGAAGGCCCUGAAGAAGCUCCACAGGUGUCUGAAAUACCCAACGUGGAAGUCCCACCACAACCCAACCUUCAACCGGGCUCUUCCGGAGCAGAACCUUCUGCCCACGGUGCCGUUGUCCACUUUGGCCGUCCCGGCGGAGUCUCUGGAGAACAUCGAUGAGAGCGCUUUGGCCGAGGCCAAAGAAGAGGGCAGCGACGACGAUGGUGGCAACUGA